AUGGAUAGAGCAAAUCACUCUGUGGUGUCAGAAUUUGUGCUCCUGGGAGUCCCCAGUACCUGGGAGAUCAAAAUUGUCCUCUUUGUGUACUUCUCCAUGUUUUAUGUGGCAAGUAUGAUGGGAAACUCUCUCAUAGUCUUGACUGUGAUUUCUGACUCUCACUUACACUCUCCCAUGUACUUUCUGUUGGCUAAUCUGUCCUUUAUUGACCUGGGUACUUCUUCUAUUAUUUCUCCCAAGAUGAUUUAUGAUCUUUUCAGAAAACGUAGUGUCAUCUCCUUUGGAGGCUGCAUUACUCAGAUCUUCUUUCUUCACGUUAUUGGUGCUGUGGAGAUGGUGUUACUAAUAGCUAUGGCCUUUGACAGAUAUGUGGCUAUCUGUAAGCCUCUCCACUAUCAGAACAUUAUGAGCCAAAAGGUGUGUAUUUUGUUCUUGAGUGCUGCCUGGAUAAUUGGUUUGAGUCACUCUGUGAUUCAACUAAUUUUUGUUAUAAAAUUGCCAUUUUGUGGUCCUAAUGUGCUGGAUAGCUUUUAUUGUGACAUUCCUCGAGUCAUUAAACUUGCCUGCACAGAUACCUAUAGACUAGAGUUCAUGGUCACAGCCAACAGUGGGUUUUUAUCUCUGGGAUCAUUCUUCAUGCUGAUCAUCUCCUACAUUUUUAUCGUGAUUACUGUUCAGAAACAUGCCUCAGGUGGCUCGUCCAAGGCUCUGUCAACUUUAUCAAGUCAUAUCAUGGUGGUGGUUUUGUUCUUUGGUCCUUGCAUCUUUGUUUAUACCUGGCCUCACUCCACAUCAAAUCUAGACAAAUACUUGGCCAUUUUUGAUGCAGUUCUUACACCUUUUUUUAAUCCAGUCAUCUACACAUUUAGGAACAAAGAGAUGAAGACGGCAAUGAGGAGGGUGUGUAAUCAACUUAUUGUUUACAGAAGAAUUUCUUAA